AUCUCACACAACGCCCAUGUUGCAUCGGCAAACAACUUUGAAGCUUUUUUCUCUAUUUAUUCUGAUGGGUCGUUCCUUAGCUUCCCCGUUAAGUGAACCCUGCGGGGAAAACGAGGAGCGAGCCUGCUUACCCUGCACUGAGCCCCGAUGUUCACAUCCCUACAUCGAAGAGCCCCUUUGCGUUUUCGUAAAAAGGUGUCGGCUUGGAUGUGGCUGCAAGUUUGGAUAUAUUCGCCAUGAUCUGAAUAGCCGAUGCAUUUCCGUUCUGGAGUGCAAAGUGCCAGUGCGCCAGCUUAGCGUGCCCAUUUUUUAAAGUGUACGUAUUGGGAACGUAGAUUCUUUUAAUCAGAUUUCCCUUAAAUUCAAAUUCAAGCCAGUUCCUUACGAAACAAGCGCGUAUAAUAAACUUAAUUAAUUGUA